ACAUUCGCCUGAUGCAACUAUCGCACCACCGCCAGGCCCUUGUGCAAUGCAGGGCACCGGGCUGGCCAGUUAACGAUUGACUGGGGAUCAGUGGGGGUGUGAGGCAUAAAAGGCUUCAGUGACAGUGCUGUGGCUACACACUUACACCCUCAGUCAUGCCAGUGCCUGCUCUGUGCCUGCUGUGGGCCCUGGCAAUGGUGACCCGGCCUGCCUCAGCGGCCCCCGUGGGCAGCCCAGAACUGGCAGAGCAUGAGGAGCUGACCCUGCUCUUCCACGGGAGCCUGCAGCUGGUCCAGGCCCUCAAUGGUGUGUACAGGACCACUGAGGGACGGCUGACAAAGGCCAGGAACAGCCUGGGUCUCUAUGGCCGCACAAUAGAACUCCUGGGGCAGGAGGUCAGCCGGGGCCGGGAUGCAGCCCAGGAACUUCGGGCAAGCCUGUUGGAGACCCAGAUGGAGGAGGAUAUUCUGCAGCUGCAGGCAGAGGCCACGGCUGAGGUGCUGGGAGAGGUGGCCCAGGCACAGAAGGUGCUACAGGACAGCGUGCGGCGGCUAGAAGUCCAGCUGAGGAGCGCCUGGCUGGGCCCUGCCUACCAAGAAUUUGAGGUCUUAAAGGCUCACGCUGACAAGCAGAGCCACAUCCUAUGGGCCCUCACAGGCCACAUGCAGCGGCAGAGGCGGGAGAUGGUGGCACAGCAGCACCGGCUGCGACAGAUCCAGGAGAGACUCCACACAGCGGCGCUCCCAGCCUGAAUCUGCCUGGAUGGAACUGAGGACCAAUCAUUGCUGCAAGGAACACUUCCACGCCCCAUGAGGCCCCUGAGCAGGGAGGAGCUGCCUGUUCACUGGGAUCAGCCAGGGCGCCGGGCCCCACUUCUGAGCACAGAGCAGAGACAGACGCAGGCGGGGACAAAGGCAGAGGAUGUAGCCCCAUUGGGCAGGGGUGGAGGAAGGACGUGUACCCUUUCAUGCCCACACAUCCCUCAUUAAAGGAGAGUCGUGGCAUCUCA